GGCGUUAUAGCUACAUGUGCCAGCGGAGAAGGGGGACAACCGCUGGAGAGUUAGCCGCUUCGUGCUACCAGAGUGAGCUGACGCACAACCCAAACUCUCGCUGCCGACAAAAUAAUGAUGGGACGGAUGGAAGAGUGUUAAAAUUAUGCAAAUGACGCCGGACGUGCAGGCAGCUGCGGGCAGACCAGCGUACUCCAAAAUGGCGAACCGCAAAGCGGAAGUGGAAGAGGAGAUUUACGACAAGGUCGUGGACCUGACAGAGUAUGCCAAACGUCAGCGGUGGUGGAGUCGCCUUUUCGGGAAAAACUCCGGGCCAGUGGCAGAGAAAUACUCCGUGGCCACACAGAUAGCCAUAGGGGGAGUGAGUGGAUGGUGUGCAGGAUAUCUCUUCCAGAAGGUUGGAAAAGUUGCUGCUACAGCUGUAGGAGGAGGUCUGCUCCUGUUGCAGAUAGCUAACAAUAGUGGCUAUAUCCAAGUGGACUGGAAGAGAGUAGAGAAGGAUGUCAACAAAGCUAAGAAGCAGAUAAAGAAGGGCACCAAUCAAGCAGGCCCUGAAUUAAACACAUUGGUUGAGAAGUCCACAGAGUUUGUGAAGAAAAACAUCGUUGUCACAAGUGGUUUCAUUGGAGGAUUCCUGCUUGGCCUGGCAUCUUAGGGCCUGCCAAAUAAGAAGCGUCUGUAUUUCUUUAAACUGUAGGGAAAGUUUAAAAUCAUUGCUGGAUGGUUUUUAAGUGUUUUGGCAGCAAGUAACCUAUUUCAGAUUAGCUGGUAGCUAUGUGUUUCUACAUAAGCUGCACAUCAUCUUGUCUACUUUAAUACUGUACUUCCAUGUAACAAGUCGAUAUGGAUGUGGGACAUCUUGGUUAGAUCUGAAUGGCCAUCCUGAAACACACUUUCCAGGCCAAACAUUGGUACAUAUCAUGCAAAAGUAUUUAAAAAGAAAUAAGUAUCAGAAUGUUGCCAUUUUUUAAUUUAUUUAUUUUUACCAAACUGGCACUGUACCAGAGGGAGAAAUUAUUAUGCACUGUUAUUGUGCACAAGGAAAGCCAAGCACAGUGCAGCCAAGUGCAAGGAGAUUAAAAUUCACCUUCACCUGGCAGAUGGAGCCCAUAGGAAUCAAUGUUAUAUUUUUUCAGUUCCAGACUUCAUAAUCAUCUUCAGGGUUAAAACUUGAAUUUUAUUCUUAAGUGCUGAUAGAUAUGGGAUUGUUAUGCCUUGUUAGAGGUGCUACAUUUUCGAUGGGUCAUGUUAGCCUCCCCUGCAUCUCUUUUUUUUUAAUGUAUUGUUUCCAUCUAUUUAUGCUUUAUGCACUGAAGGCUGUGGUUUGUCUACUAUAUAUGUUUGAUCAACAAAUAAAAAAAUAAGAUUGAA